AAAUAAUCCAUGUCAAGGCAAAGCCAGCCUAUGCCUUGUUGUUCCAUAGACUUAAACCUAUGCCUCCUGUUCUUGGCAUGCCGCCAUUCUUGUACCAUCCAUCUUUCUUGAAGGUGUAAAGCAGGCACCGCCACCAAGGAAAGCAGCAACAUCAAUGGGCGACAGUUCAGCUUUCCCGGGCUUCCACAACCACAGCUACGACCGCGACUAUGCACGCCCACUGUUCCGAGUCGCCUCAUUCUCUGAAAGCAGCGACGAGCACGAGCAUCAUGUGCCGUCACCACCACGGCGUGGUAUGGGCCGUACGACAUCGUCCAAGGUGGCAGCACCAUCACGCCUCUCGCAGACGAUGAGCAAGUUGAGCAUGAAGAAGCCACAACAUGCUGUCGACGAGAAGUCAGUGGAAGAUGAAGAGAUGGAGCUGAUGAAGGAGAAGUACACCAAGCUGCUUCUUGGGGAGGACAUGUCAGGGGGUGGCAAGGGUGUUUGCACUGCUUUGGCCAUCUCCAAUUCCAUCACCAACCUAUAUGCAACUGUGUUUGGGACCUGCCACAGAUUGAGGUCACUGCCUCCUGAGAAGAGAUCAAUGUGGAACCGCGAGAUGGAUUGCCUCCUCUCCAUUUGCGAGUACAUAGUUGAAUUCGCACCAACAGUCCAGGCCAUGCCUGACGGAAGCACCCGCGAUGUGAUGGCAACCUCACCACGAUCGGACAUUCUGAUGAACCUUCCUGCACUUGAAAAGCUAGAAACUAUGCUCCUUGGUAUAUUGGACAGCUUUGACAAGGCUGAAUUCUGGUAUGCAGACAAGAGGAAGCAGUCCUUCAAUGACAGCAAGAAGUCGUUCCAACGUAAUGAGGACAAGUGGUGGUUGCCUGAGCCAUGCGUGCCAGACUCAGGCCUGUCCGAUUCUGUGCACCGUGAACUGCAGCACAAGAGGGACCAAGCUAGCCAGAUCCACAAAAUGGCCAUGGAGAUCAACAGUGCCAUCCUCUCUGAAAUGCAAAUCCCACUGUCAUACAUAGAAACGCUUCCAAAGACUGGGAAAGUUGGCACUGGUGAUGCCAUCUACCGGUACAUGUCUUCAGGGGAUCAGUUUUCACCAGACCACCUCCUUGACUUCAUCAACUUGAGCUCUGAACAUGAGGCACUUGAGAUUGCAGACCGUGUCGAGGCCGCUAUGUAUGUGUGGAGAAGGAAAGCAAGCAUGACCCACGUGGUAACAAAAUGGGAGAAUGUUACCGAGCUGAAUGCUGAUGGGGACAAGAAUCUGAUCCUAGCAAGCAGGGCCAGGAGCCUGCUGCUGUGCUUGAAACAAAGGUUUCCAGGCUUGUCGCAGACUACCCUGGAUACGAGCAAGAUUCAGUACAAUAAGGAUAUAGGACAGGCAAUACUAGAAAGUUACUCAAGAGUGCUGGAAAGUUUGGCCUACAACAUUGUCUCAUGGAUAGAUGAUGUUCUACUUGCAGAUGAAAAUGCAAAGCAAGGGAACAGUAUCAGAAUGCAGAAGCAGGUGUUCAGCCAGAUCUCUCCUCAACGCUGAACAUGAUGAACAAACAUAGAAUUCUUUAUGAUUAGACUGAUGACUUUACUGAAUGGUGUGUAUGACUUUGUUUUUCUGAGAUGGAUUGAUGCCAUGACGUGUGUAAUUAUAUAUAUGACAGCUUGAUCACGUGUGCAUACCUCAGCAGAUAAGAAAGGGUCACAACCAUAGAUUACA